ACUCGAAAACAUUGAGAAAGAGUUCAAUAAGCCUCCUCUCUAGCUCUCCCCACUCUCACCUUCUCUUCCUCUCGGAGCUUUGAAUUCAGAAAACAAUGGCUUCCAGCUUCUGCAACCUCGCGCUCCUCGGUCUCGCCAUUGCAUUCUGCGUUCAAGGAACCCUAGGAGAUAUUGCAUGCGAGAAUCUUGACCACGGGUCGUGCGCGUUCGCCGUGUCGUCCACGGGCAAGCGGUGCGUGCUCGAGAAGCAGGUGAGGAGAAGCGGGGAGGAAGCGUACACGUGCCGGUCCUCAGAGAUCGAGGCCGACAAUCUGAAGGACUAUAUCGAGACCGACGAGUGCAUCGCCGCGUGCGGGCUCGACCGGAAGACUCUUGGGGUCUCCUCGGAUUCGCUCCUCGAGUCUCACUUCACCCAAAAGCUCUGCUCCUCCGGGUGCUACGAGAACUGCCCCAACAUUGUCGAUCUCUACUUCAGUCUCGCCGCCGGCGAAGGUGUGUUUCUUCCCAAACUAUGCGAGGCACAAAGAGGGAUUGCGCGCAGAGGAAUGGCAGAGAUCCGAAGCUCCGGCGACGUGGCUCCAGGACCAAUUCAACCUGUCAAGUUCAUAGGUGUCGCCCCCGCGAUGGCGCCUUCUUACUAAUCGCUUCGCUUCAUUCUCCAAAGCAUAUCUCUGCAGAAGUUAUGUCAAUAGAAUAGGCUAUACGGGUUUGUUUUGAUUUCAUUAUACUCCUCGACCGAUGGUUGCCGGGCCUGCACGCUUCGCCGUUGCGUCGUGUACGUGCAGACGUGCAUUGGUAUACUUAAACGAUGUAUGCACAAAGCAUUUUCGAUUGAAGCUCAAACAUAUAGAUAUCUGCAAUAAGGUGCUCUAUAGGAGCAUCAAAGUUUAUGUAUUGUUUCGAGUUGUGUGGUGCCUUUGGUUCAAGUUUAGUUCGUUGUCCAUGGAUUUUGGAAAUGAAUAAGGAUCUGUAACGCGUAUUCUGCAUAUUUAAAGUUGUAAAA